GAUCAUGGAGCGCCCCUCAGGAGAAGAUGGAGAGAUCAUGGAGCGCUCCUCAGGAGAAGAUGGAGAGAUCAUGGAGCGCUCCUCAGGAGAAGAUGGAGAGAUCAUGGAGCGCUCCUCAGGAGAAGAUGGAGAGAUCAUGGAGCGCUCCUCAGGAGAAGAUGGAGAGAUCAUGGAGCGCUCCUCAGGAGAAGAUGGAGAGAUCAUGGAGCGCUCCUCAGGACAAGAUGGAGAGAUCAUGGAGCGCUCCUCAGGACAAGAUGGAGAGAUCAUGGAGCGCUCCUCAGGACAAGAUGGAGAGAUCAUGGAGCGCUCCUCAGGACAAGAUGGAGAGAUCAUGGAGCGCUCCUCAGGACAAGAUGGAGAGAUCAUGGAGCGCUCCUCAGGAGAAGAUGGAGAGAUCAUGGAGCGCUCCUCAGGAGAAGAUGGAGAGAUCAUGGAGCGCUCCUCAGGAGAAGAUGGAGAGAUCAUGGAGCGCUCCUCAGGAGAAGACCUCCUUACCCCUAAUGUCCAUCCAGAUCUAUCCUAUAAUAAUCCCCCUGAUCAUGAGGAACCUUCUCCUGACCAACCACACAUUGUUACCACAAGGACAGAGAACAAAGGGGGUGAAAGGCUUCAGUGUGAUGAAUGUGGGAAAUGGUUUACCAGAAGAUCAGAUCUUGUUAAACAUGAGAGAAUUCACACAGGAGAGAAGCCAUAUUCGUGUUCAGAAUGCGGAAAAUGCUUUACAGAUAAAUCAAAUCUUGGAAAACAUGAGAAAAGUCACACAGGAGAGAAACCAUUUUUAUGUUCAGAGUGUGGGAAAUGUUUUAAAAGUAAAUCCAAUCUUGCUGAACAUAAGAAAAUUCACACUGGAGAGAAGCUGUAUUCCUGCACAGAAUGUGGGAAAUGUUUUCGAAGCAAGUCGUCCCUUGUUGAACAUGAGAGGAUUCACACAGGAGAGAAGCCGUAUUCGUGUUCGGAAUGUGGGAAACAUUUUAUACAGAGAUCGCAUCUUGUUUCGCAUCAGAGAACUCACACGGGAGAGAAGCCGUUUUCGUGUGCAGAAUGUGGGAAAUGUUUUACAGAAAAAUCAACUUGUAUUAGACAUGAGAGAAGUCAUACAAGGUAGAAGCCAUUUUGAUGUAGUUUGUGAAAAAUGUUUUACAAGGAAAGCAAAAUUUGAAACUCAUCGGAGAAUAAACUAUGUCAGGCAUAGGCAACCUUCAAGAGCUUUUAGACUACAUCUCCCAUGAUGCUUUGCAAUGCCGAGGAUGCCUAUUCCUGAACCAUGUUCUUGUUUGGGAUUUAGGAAAUGUAAUAAAAGGCUAAAUAUAUU